CAAAAGGGGUUUCUUGAACAAAGCCCAAGCUAAAACGUAUAUAACUCAUUUAAACAGCUUCUUCAAAUGUUUAACGAAAAAAUAUCACUUUUAUUAAGAUAUUAAAGUAUCCAGUACAACGUAUACAAAAGCAAUUAAUAAUAAUAAUUAAGUAUUAACAUUUAUGAGAUAAAUUGAAUCAAUAGGCAAUAAUCCAAGAAAAAAUUUUUAGACUUGAUUUAUUUUUACUUAAACAAGUGGAGUAAUUAACCGUUUUUAGGUAUUUUAUAGAUACAGUGUUUUACCUUGGGGAAAGGAAAUUAAUUGCAGUUAGGACUGUUUACGAAAAUAAAUAUUUUUUUAUUAUUUAUAAUUACUAAUGAGUAUUUAAAUGAAUCUAAGUGCACAAAUAAAACAAAUUAAUAUGUAGAAAACUCAUUAAAAAAUUGUUUUGCUUGAGUCUGCCAAAGUGGGUCGUUCAAUUAGUAAAGUAAAAAUGUGAUUUUGGAGCAAUACGAUUAAUUAAAUGGAUAAGUGAUCUUUAUCAGUCUUAUCACUACAAUGCCACCAUGUGCAGUCGUGUUCGAUUGUGGGUCCGCCAACACCAGGAUCGGACUCGCCCACGAUGCCGCACCCAUCGUUUUCCCAACUCAAGAAGGUAUGAAACUGUACAGUUGCGACCACUUGAGAAAAAACUGGCAGUCCGGUUAUAAACAACUGAAAGUGGCACCUGAAAACCACCCAGUUCUGCUCACCAAACCUAACUUCCCAAUCUCUAAAGCAACCACCGAAAAAAUCGCCCAAAUCAUGUUUGAGGAUUUUAAAAUCCCAGCUUUACACUUGAUCUACCCUUCCGUGUUGUCACUCUACAGUUAUGGAUCCCUGACGGGAUUAGUGGUCCAAUCGGGGAAUUUUGAAUCCCAGUUUUACCCCAUCUACGAGGGACAUAUUCUAGAACGGACGCUUACAAGGGGGCUCCCGGUCGCGGGCCAAUACUUGACUGAAUUUCUCCAAGAUGCGCUCGCAAAAAAAGGGCUUCGGUGUGAUUACGCCACGGCGAAUAGCAUCAAAGAGAGGGCUUUUUACGUAUCAAUGGAUUUAAACAACGAACAGGUGAAUGAAGAGGAAUUUUUAUUACCGGACGGAAGCAAAAUAACGCUCGGAAACGAAAAAUAUUUGAUACCGGAAGAGCUGUACAAAUCAUCGAUUGAAUACAGCCCCCUUCACGAAUUCAUUUUCCACGCGUUGGGGCGAAGUGACCCCGAACUGCGCCCCCUUUUGGCCUCAAAACUCGUACUGGCGGGGGGCACCACCCUACUGCCGGGAUUUGGCGAACGAUUGGAGCGGGAACUAGUCAACGGAGCCCCCCAAUUCAAGUUUAUGUCAGGUCGCACCCCCCGAGUGGUCUCGCAAGCGGACCGCGGAAACUCCGCCUGGCUUGGGGGCGCAAUCCUGGCACAAUUGCCCACGUUUCCAAACAUGUGCAUGUCACGGGAUGAGUACGAGGAAUACGGCCCUUCCUUAGUCCACACAAAGUUUUUUUAAUAAAAAUAAUACAUCAA